UCUGACACAUCUUGUUGCACCUCAAGCUCCCUUGGUCACCUCRUUCCGUGCCUCUGUUGAGAUUGUUUCAAAGGCUUCGAGGAUCUUCACCGGGGAGAAUCUGGAGCUGAAAUGCAGCGUUCCUGGAGACUACAAGUCAUCCUACUCGAGCUUUCUGUGGUUCAGAGGAUCCCAGAAGCUGCCACAGACCGAGGAGACCAUCAGGCUGUGGAACCUCAAGGUUAAAGAUGCUGGAAAGUUCUCCUGCCAGGGAACAAGAGAUUCAGCUUUGGGAGCCAUAAAAACUCAGCCCAGUCUGCCUGUGGAGGUCUAUGUGGAUGGAGGGUGGGCCAUCCUGCAAACACCACCACACCCUUUCAUCAUUGGAGAAACCAUGAAUUUGUUGUGUCGCCUUCGAGUAAAUUCUCCAAUUCAUGAAACCAUCUUGUACAAGAACGGCAAUGAAGUGAUGAGACAAAAUGGCUUCRGCUUAAAUUUCAUCUUGACCAACGCGACCAUUGAGGACAACGGGAUGUACUCCUGCAGAGCAUCUUGGGAUGUGAGGGGUCAGACAGUCUCUGUGAGCUCUGUUAACACUCCUGUACAGGUUUUAGAGAUUCUGUCCAAGCCGGUGUUGGAGAUUGAUGCUGAUGCAAAGAUUGGAAAGGAUAAAAUUAAGCUCAUCUGCCACGCCCAGUACAAUGCUCCAGCUCCCACCCCUCCCAUUAACUACUACUUUUACAGAAACAACAACCGGCUGGGAACGGCGACUUCAGAGAACCAUGACCUGGUCAGAAAGAUUCCGGGCUGGUACAGCUGCCGGGCCAAGGUGCCACAGUUGGGUCUCUCAGAGUGGAGUGAGGCCCGAAGUUUUGGAGACGUUACAGGAAUACUGAUGCCACGUGCUCCUGUAAACUCACAUCCUGAACAGUUCCUGAUUCAUGAGCACUCAGAGGACUUCACUCCAUCCUUCACUGAGAAAAUCAGUCCAUCCUAAAAACCAGUUUCCAAACCAAACUCCACCUCCAAAAUAUUGAAUUGUUUUCUAGAGCAAUUCAUUUGUUUAAUAUGAAGAUAUCUGGAGUUCCUUUAAACUUAAAAGCUCAUCUUUUUAACAUCAAUCAUGACUGGUCAAUGUUCUAUUAUACACUGAUGCAAAUAUCUGUACCCAGAGUCCAGAUUUUUUGAUGUGUGGUUCUGUUGAAAGGUUAAAUAAUUAACAUUUUACCUGUUGUAAAUAGCUAUUUGAAUGGAUCGAUGACAGCUAGUCGGAGGAGGGAUAAAACAAAAGUGGAUUGCUGGUAACUUUAAAGGUCAAAUUUCUAAAACUCUCAUAAAAUUGAUGCAACUGGUAUUUUAUUUACAUUUACUGUGAGUUUCACUUUCAAGUGCAGAUAGCAGCAGCUAGCUGUAGCUCUUCCUGUGCACCUCCUGCAACAACCUAUGUAAUAAGAAACUAAUGGUGAUGUAAAGGUUAACAAAAUAGCUUGAAUCACAAAAUGUUUUUGAGACUGAAGUAGUAUGAAGGCGGCUCUAAUUUCUUUAUACUGAGUUUGUUGAAAAGAGCUAUCUACAACAGAUAAGAUAUUCAUUGUUCAUAACAUUUCCAYAAAACCUUACUUUAAAAAAUUUGGAAUCAUGCCUUUACCGCUUCAUAAAACUUUAUACAUGAAGUCGUUUGCAACUGCUGUCAUAUUUUUAAUCAAAUAAAACAUUCUGUGUUUCUGCUGAACUUUAUUAUCAAUGAACACAUUUCAUGAACUAGCUUAUAGAAAAAACUUUGUACAUAAAUAAUGGAAAAGCCAAGAGAUACCGCUGAAAUGUUCUACAUUACAGAAAGAUAGUAAUUCUAACCAGACUUAAAAUACCUUUAAUAAUAUAGCAAUGGAUCACACUGAAUAUGUUGCAUGCUAAAACAAAUGUAAAUUCUUCACAUAAUUUUUGAUUAUACAAAAAAACACUGAGGGAAAUCAAGGCGAUAGUUGCAGGUGUACAGUAACAGAAACCACAAAAGCACGUCAGUGUACACACAUGAAGGACUCAGGCAUGGAGCUGGUAGCAGGUCAUGGGAUCAAAACACUUUAAAGUAUAAAUAAAUAUUUCAAAGUUAAAAUGAAGAUUUAAUCUACAGAGUGAGUCAAAAGUCAAAGGACACCUUUUAUCUCAAAAAAUAACCAGGAAAAUUAAAAUUCCGCAACAAGUAAUGGGUGAGGGGGGAAAGAGGUACGUGCUACUCUAYCUUUUAGGCUAUAACCAAAAUAUAGCCACCAUCAUGAAAGCCAUGUUGGCACUUUUUUCCUGUGGGAAGCUGGUAAUUUAGAAAUAUCAAUUAAGAUUAGAAUUGCCUCAAAAAUGGAUUGCUACUAUCAAAAGUUACUAGCAAAAACGUUGCAACAACUAGAACGUUGCCUGUGAUACUCAGCUGUUUGAAGUGUUGCUGUUGCUGAACAUACCACCCAUCUUCAGUACCUGUGACAAAUACAAGGUUUGAGUUUUUUGUCUUGAUAUAUUCUGAACCACAAGAAAUGUUGCAGAUCUGAUUUUGGCAAUCUAUUUCUGGGACAAAUCUGAUCGUCUUUGAUAUGCUACAUMUCUUUCCAAUGGAAAAAUUGGGGGCUCUCAAGAUGGUGGUAAUGGUCAAAAAGAUAGGCCGCCUCACUCAUUACUUCCUGGGCUUUUAACAUAUUUCAUAUUUUCUUUCAUCUCUUUUGACUCAUCCUGUGUAAUACAGUGUUAACAUAAUUAUUCUUUACAUUAUA